CCCACCCAAGUGUAGACAGCAUGCUGGGCAGGGUUGGCAGUGCCCAGAGUGAUGGACCCUCCCAAGAAGCUGAGCGGUAUCCACAACGGGGUGGUCGCCGUCUUCCAGCGCAAAGGACUGCCUGACCAUGAACUCUUCAGCCUCAACGAGGGUGUCCGGCAGCUGCUGAAGACGGAGCUGGGGUCCUUCUUCACCGAGUACCUGCAGAACCAGCUGCUGACCAAAGGCAUGGUGAUCCUGCGGGACAAGAUCCACUUCUACGAGGGACAGAAGCUGCUGGACUCGCUGGCAGAGACCUGGGACUUCUUCUUCAGCGACGUGCUGCCCGCCCUUCAGGCCAUCUUCUACCCGGUGCAGGGCAAGGAGCUGUCUGUGCGCCAGCUGGCCCUGCUGCACUUCCGGAACACCGUCACACUGGGCGUGAAGCUGGAGGACGCGCUGGCCCGCUCACAUGCCCGAGUGCCCCCUGCCAUCGUGCAGAUGCUGCUGGUACUACAGGGGGUGCAUGAGGCCCGGGGCGUGACCGAGGACUACCUGCGGCUGGAGACCCUGAUCCAGAAGGUGGUGUCGCCCUACCUGGGCACCUACGGCCUCUACUCCAGCGAGGGGUCCUUCACACACUCCUGCAUCCUGGAGAAGCACCUCCUGCGACGCUCCCGCUCGGGGGACGUCCUGGCCAAGAACCCCGUGGUCCGCUCCAAGAGCUACAACACGCCACUGCUGAACCCUGUGGCUGAGCACGAGGCCGAGGGCACAGCGGGCGGCGCAGGCAUCCGCCGGCACUCCGUCUCCGAGAUGACCUCCUGCCCCGAGCCCCAGGGCUUCGCCAGCGAGGCCACCCACUUGGGGCCCUGCCCCAGCAGACUGCAGCCCAGCCCUGGCUCCCCGCUGGCCGACAGCCCCGAGCACCUGGUGGACCAGAUCCUGGAGUCGGCCGACUCGGACACGGAGGGCAUCUUCAUCGACUUUGGGCGGGGCGGUGACUCCGAGGAUGAUUUUGAGGGCAGCCAGGGUCGGCAGAGCGUCGUGUGAGG